CCAACACCACCAUAAUCCGCCUCGCCAUGGAGCAGCAGCUGGCGGACUGCCUCUCCGGCACCAUAUCACCCGAUGGCGCCGUACGAGCACAAGCAGAGCGCUCCCUCCUCUCCCUCCACGCCAAUCCAGCAUGUGGACUCGCUCUCUGUCACCUCGUCCUAGCGCAGGAGGCUCCCACCGACCUACGCCAAGGAGCGGCUCUGUCGUUGCGCAAGUGGAUUCGCGAACGAUGGUCUCCACUCAGCGAGAGCUUCAUUGGCUUCGAGGACGGUAGACCAGUCCAAUCCCAGGAUAAGGCUCCCGUGCGACAGGCAUUGCUGCAGACCUUGUCCCAGCCGGAGCGCAGAUUGCGAACCGCAGCGGCCGCUUCACUCAGCAUCGUCUCCUCGUCCGACUGGCCGGACGAGUUUCCUGAGCUCCUGCCUACCAUCCAGUCCCUGCUUCACGUCGAGGGUACGGUAGACGAGACGACCAAGAAUCGCGUACAUGGAGCCCUCGUCUUCCUCACCGAGUUCUGGAGCGCCGAGAUGGAUGAGAGGCAGAUCUUGGGGGGAACAAAGGACAUGCUGCCCUUGAUUGAGGCCGUGCUAGCAAAUGCAGAAUUCUCGCCAUCAUUACGCGCCCGCUGCGUCUCGAUCUUCCGUCAACUCCUCUCUUCCCUCUACAUGGUCCGAGACGUCUACCCAGACGCGGCCAAGUCAAUAGCUAGCGAUGUCCUUCCACGAUGGCUGGCAGCUCUCGAUGGGCUCACCGGUCACGACCUCGCCGCGCAACUCUGCAGCGAGACUAUACCCGUAGACGACCGGCUGGGCCAGAUGACCCUCGUGAACGAGGUGUGGCGAACUCUCAAGAUUGCGGGGCAUUUCCGAGCGCAAUUCAAGGGCAGGCAGGUCGAGCUCGUGCAAAGAGCAAUUGAGAUCCUCGGCCAGCUCGAACAGCCUUUCUCCGUCUACUACCUUGCACCAGACGCAGAGCCGCUCGACGGCAGCUCGUCCCCGGACGAGUCCAGCCUCGCUACCCUUCCCAACCUCCUCUGCAGUCUCGUUGACUUUUGCGCCGAGUCAAUACGCGGUGAUCGUGCGCGUAGUCUACUGAUAACCGAGCAAGGACCGACGGAAACUCUGCGGGCUAUAAUUGGGCGCCUCGUGGGCUUUGCGCGGGUGACCAACGAGGAGGAAGAGGAGUGGUCGUCAGACGCGAAUGCGUUCGUGAUGGCUAGCGACGAGGAUGGAGUAGAGUACGGACUGCGAGUCGCCUGCGCGGAUCUGGUACAGGACCUUCUCGAUGCGUACCCUCGCCCGACCCUCGAGUGUCUGGGAAGCAGCGUCAACCAAGCCGCCUCUGCUCAAGGAUGGAAAGAUACAGAAGCCGCCCUCGCAGUGCUAGGCGGGGUGGGCGAAGAAGUGCGGGACAUUCUCUCUAGCUCGAACUCUCCUUCACCACUCGACCUGGAAAGCGUCUUCAACGCAGCCGUCCUUCCCAAUGUGCAACGACGUUCCCACCCUCUCCUCACCGGUCGCGCCUACAUCUUCGCCUCGCAGUACGCGUCUGCACUACCCGCGGAAAUGGCUCAGCAGUUCGUCGAUGCGGCCGUGCAGGCAUUGGAGGCUGAGGACAUGGGAAGCGCAGAGGAGACGCUGAUCAUCAAGUUGAGCGCGGUGAGGUGUAUCAAGAACUUCUACCGACAACUUCCCUCAUCACUCCUCUCUCCCUUCACCAACCGCAUCAUCGCCCAGCUCGGUCCACUCCUCUCCCAGACAACGGAGGACACCCUCAUUCUCGUCCUCGAAACGAUCCACUGCGUCGUAGGCGAGGACGAUAGCGGCGACUCUUCUACCGCCGCAUCGCACGUCAGCCCCUCAACCUUCGCCGACAUCACCCGCGCGGGGCUGCACACUUGGACGACAAGGCCAAGCGAUUAUAUCCUCGUAUCGGUCGUUUCGGACCUCAUCGAGUCGCUUGCGAAACACAAGGCGCCGGGCGUGGCGAAGGAAGUAGUGCAGGCUGCGCUGCCGAUGCUGAGCGGGGCAAUCAGCUCGGCCGCUGCCCAAGACGGCGCAGUCGCAGCGUCGGUGGAAGAACAGCAGCUCCCACUCCUCGAGUCGGCCAUUGGGCUGGCAGAGGCGCUCCUCAAGGGCGCACCAGCAGAGGUGGUCACCGAGACUGGCUGUGUGGCCCAACUUUGCGGCCCUAUUCUUACAGCCUUGCAAGGGAGCGAAGAUCGAGACGUUCUCCAAAAUGGGAUUGGAGCUCUCACGCAGCUCGUGCGCAAGGCCCCCUCCCACGUAGAAGCAUGGCAAGGCUCAGGGCAAAGCGCCGUGGACCACUUCCUUUCCCUCCUCUCCCGCCUGCUCAUCCUCGACUCCGAGUCCGGUGGCCUGAAAGUAGGAGACUUCACCAUUGCCCUCCUGCGCAAGAUGCCGAGCUCGAUUCUCAGCGUCCUCCCUGCGCUACUGGAGGCAAUGAUCCGCAGACUGGCAACGGCGAAGACUGCCACCUUUGCUCAGUCGUUGAUCCUGCCGUUUGCGUUCCUGAUGAGGGACCAGUGCGGGACAGUGCUCGAUCUAUUGGAGGGGAUGCGCGUACCUACAGAGGAAGGCGGAGAGGUGAGCGGAUUGCAGGUUCUGGCAAGCAAGUGGGCAGAGAACGGCGAGACGAUCCAAGGGUACUGGGCACAACGUCUCUCCACCGUUGCCCUCACACGCUUGCUCGAGAGCGGGCGUCCCUCAUUGCAGACAACGAUGGUGCAAGGCGAGCCGAUCCCGGACGACUCGAACCUCAUUCGUACGCGCUCACGGGCCAAGGCUAGGCCGCAGCGCUUCACGAGUGUCCCGCUAGGCGUCAAGGCAUUGAAGAUGUUGCUGGCCGAUUGGGAGCAUGCCACGCGUGGUCCGCCGGGUACGUUCCCACGGGAGAGAGACGAGGAGGCAGAGGCGGCUGAUACGGACGACGAGGAUGAUGAGUGGGACGAUGAGCCCUCAUCCUCUGGCAAUGCAAAGAAGACGCAGGAGGACCUCUUCCUUUCCGACCUGCUCGACUCUAACCUGGACGACCUGGCCGCAGGGCUGGAUGAGGACGAUGAUGAUGGAGAUGAUCUGAGGGACGACGAGGUGUACAAUAUGGAUAUGAAGGCGUACCUGCAGGACUACUUUGGGAGGUUGGCCCAAAGUCCUCAGGCGGGCAUUUGGGGUCAGGGGUUGGGGAGGGAGGAGCAGGAGAGGUUGGGGGCGAUCUUGGCGGGAGGGAGGUGA